ACUGGUGACUUCGUGAGGGUCCAUCCACUUCUCCUUUCUGGGCCUUUCCCCUCGGGCUGGGCCUGCUUGCUUUCCUGAUCCAAUUCCCCCACAGGACUUCAAUUCCCAGUGAGCAUCCUGGGAGGAGCCCCAGGACACGGUCCAGACCCCCAGAUGAAGGUGGUAUCAAUACACAGCCUCUCCGAGCUAGAGCGUCUGAAGCUGCAGGAGACUGCUUACCAAGAACUCAGGGCCAAGCACUUCCUCUCUGGAUUCAAACCUAACCGAGCUGUCACUACUGACCGUCCAAACACCUUGGAGAACAGUUUUCUGGUCUUAAGAGGACAAGAUGGUGCCCUGUCAUCGCUCCAGACGUUUGGUGUUCGCCUGGAAGAAGUGCUGGUGAAUGAGUUUACCCGCCGCAAGCAUCUUGAACUGACAGCCGCGAUGCAAGUUGAAGAAGCCAACAGAGAGGCUAUCGGCGGCGGUCCUCGUCGUCGUCGAAACAUAAUGCAGAGGAUGCUUGGUCGCGUCAGGCUCUUUUUCAAUCGCCCUAGGAAUGAGCCUGCUUUGCCCCGGGAGUUCACGCGCCGUGGGCGUCGAGGUGCCAUGUCUGUGGAUAGCUUGGCUGAGCUGGAGGACGGGUCCUUGCUGCUGGAGGCCCUGCAACUUUCAAGGGCUUCAUUUCCUAUGGGAGAGAGGCUUUGGGGAUCGAAAACCGAGAUGAGCCUCAAUCCCAUUGCAAAACAAAUCCCCCAGGUGGUUGAAACUUGCUGCAGGUUCAUUGAAGAGCAUGGUCUAAGCGCAGUGGGAAUUUUCACCAUGGAACGCUCUGCAGAGAAAGUGCGUCAGCUCCGUGAAGAAUUUGAUCAAGGUCUGGAUGUAGUGCUGGAUGAAAAUCAGAAUGUGUAUGAUGUGGCUGUAGUCCUCAAGGAGUUUUUCCGUGACAUGCAAGACUCUCUGUUGCCGGAUGAUCUGCGCAAGUCUUUCCUCCUGACGGCAACCCUGAAGCCCCAGGAUCAGCUUGCUGCCCUGCAGUUGCUGGUCUACCUGUUGCCACCCUGCCACAGUGACAGCCUGGAGCGCCUGCUGAAGGUCCUGCAUAAAAUCACUGAGUACUCCGAGGACUCCAUUGACCUUGAUGGACAAGUGGUUCCAGGUAACCGCAUGACUUCCACCAACUUGGCCCUGGUGUUUGGAUCUGUUCUCCUGAAGGAGGAAAAGCCUGUCAAGAGAGAGUCCAGGAAAACACAACUGAGGACUGACCACUACGUUGCUUCUGUCAAUGUGGUCCAUGCCAUGAUUGAUAACUGGGAUGUUCUCUUCCAGGUGCCUCCCCAUAUUCAGAGGCAGGUUGCUAAGCGUGUGUGGAACUCCAGCCCUGAGGCCCUUGAUUUUAUCAGACGCAGGAAUCUGAGGAAAAUCCAGAGUGCUCGCAUCAAGAUGGAAGAGGACGCUCUGGUUUCUGACCCAGUGGAUUCCCCUGCUGAGGCCCGUGCUGCUGUCCUUGGUCAAAGCAGACCCUUUGAUGAAGGUCAUUUCCAUACUGGAGGUCAUGCCCUUGAUACUGAUCAGUCCUUUUCUGAAGGUCAGGCCCUUCCUUUGGGUCAGGUCCUUGCUGAAUAUAGGCCCCGUGAGGAUGAUGAGUCUUCUGAGAAAGACCCCAAAGGAGUUCCAGAUGUGCAAGAAACCUUGGAUGCUGGUGAAAACCUGAACUAUGACUUUGAGGAAGGACCCAAUUAUGAAGACCAACAAAAUGUUAACCUCGCAGAAGUUCCUUAUCUCGAUGUAAUCCCAAACAAUGAAGACAGCUCAGAUACAGAGGAAAUCUCAGGUUCCUUUGAGGAUCCAGUUGUGCUCCCUGGCGCUGUCCAAUCCUAUGACGACGAGGAAGGAUCGGGUAACCUCCCCAUUCCGGAGCAGAAAAGCCCAAUCUUCCGUGUACCCCGGAAAAAGAAGGCCAAAACUGGCAUCCGCUACUUCUUUCCCUAGAUAUUUUUCCUUCUGUAAGGCACAGGACAGGGGACAAGGAUGGGGGUAGACUUGGAAUGUCACAGGAAACUUUAAAGAGAAACUUAAAGAUAGUCACACAUCUGAGGGUAAGAAGGAGCUCCCCUUGAUGCUCGGAUCAGGAUGGGAGUUCCAAAUACACUGCCCCCCUUCAGUGGGGAUGCUAGGUCUCUUCAGCAGGUAAAAACAUAGUUGUUUCUGUGUUAUGUCUGGGGCACUCCGGUGCUACCUUGCAAUCGCUUUUACCCCUCGAUCCUGGCUUUCUUUCACUACAACCUUUUCAAUAAUUGAUAUUACAUUUGUAGUGAACAUCUUUCCCAGAGGAGCUCACAAAUCUCGGGGUUCUUUCCCUCCCUGAAGGAAGAUUCCAUGCUUUUUGCGACUUUCCUACCCUCCUCCUGAGAGUUUAAUUGGAAAGGCCCUCAAGAGGCAUGCUAGAACGUUAGGUCAGCUUACAGACAGCUGACAAACAAUUAAUGCUAACCCAUGUCACACCAACUCAUACUCAUGUCCCCGCCUCAGGAUUUUUUCCAAAUUAUUUAGACCAAUAGCUUGUCAAAGAGCCACUCCCCAAAUUCUGUGCAGAUUUGCUCAGAUCAUGCCAACAGGGAAACCUCAAGUAUAAGUCCAACAAGCUUUUCCAGGGUUAAUCAAAAGUUAGAGGAAAAAUUAGAUUUUAGUACCCAAAUUUGUUUUAAAGAUGGCUGAUGUCUGCAAAAUGGCUAGUUAGGUAAGGACUCAAUAGUUUCAAGUAGCUAAAAUCACCUGAUUACAAAUAUUCUUAUCUGUCAUCUCUGUAGUUCUUCUAUGCAGGACAGUACAAAUUUUGGGGACAUGGUCUGGUAACACACAGAUAUGGGUUAAGUAUGACAUCCAAAUUACAGCUGAUAUUUAUGGGUAACACUUGCUAAGAUCCAUAGAAUGAAGAAUGUGUUGUACUGAGGGAUAGAAAUUGAUCAUAUGAUGGGUAACAACCGCAAAACUCGAAGAUUUGUGAUUCUUAAAACUUCUCUGUCAUUUAAUCAUUAAAUCAUUAAUAAACAUCUGUAUUGUGACAGCAGCAUA